GUUUACUCCGGUCCAUCAGUUCAAGUGAUAUAAAAUACCAACAGAGGCCUGAUAAGAUGGGUGAAGGGAUCCAAAGUUGGAGCUUACACCCUUCCAAGGCUAUCGGGCACUUCUCGUGAAGCCUCCCUUCUCUGGGCGCUCCAUACAGUGGCCAGCCAAGGCCAAAUGGACACUGUCGGCUGCCUGCAAGUCAUUUCUUGGUACGUCUUGUGUGAGUGCCACAAUUUCGACUUAUUUUGUUGCUUUCGUGUGCAAAUCCAAUCAAAUUAAAUGUACAAGCGUGAUGAGAUGAGGACCUUCUCGGCAUUACCUUGAGGGGAUCAACAACAAUAACAUCUUUCCCAGCUUUGGCUGGACUCACGAUGUCGACAAGACCAGCUUUCUCCCGUACCUGGUAGUUGAUGAUAUUUCUCCUUUACCGGAUAAUGCCUCAUCGAAUACCCUUCCACCAACAUCCGAAUAUUCUCACCCACAAGUCUGCGCAGCAUCAGUCGACUUUGGAUUACACAUUGCACGUCUCACUCGGGUCGUACAGCAUCUGAUCUUUCAAUCUUUGGUCUGCAGAUGGUAUAGUUGAUCUCAAAAAGUCACCACCCAUGAUGCCCUCCGCACACAGACCUGCAAAUACCCAACUAGUCGUGGAGGACGAAGAGCCGACUAUUGAACCCAGACUAUACCGAUACAUCACAUCUUUGGACGAAUCACCAGCUUGCUACACACGCUUCUUCGAUGCACUAUUGAUACAGAGAGAUUCUCGUGCUCAAUUCUUCCACGACCUGAAAACGUUCCGAGAACAACCGACCAUCAUCACGUUGCUCGAACCAGGCAGCAGGGAAGGUUAUAGGACGUGCACACAGAAAUUCGUCACCUCGCGAUUUGCCCAUCCUUGGUGUCGGAUCAACAGCGACUUCCAGUCCGGUUGGAGUCGGGCGACCUGGGUCGGUGCCACGAAGAAGGUGAGCAAGGAUGACAAGAAGGAAGAGGAACGUUUGCAUCGACUCCUGGUGCCGAUCUGGAUUGCCUUCCACAGGCGAAUGUUCCCCGACCAGGUAGUUCUGGACGAAUGGAUCGUGAAAGACGAUGAGCACCAGAAGGAAUUAGCAGCGAAGAGAAAGGCUAAGGCUGAAGAAAGGGCCAAGGCUGUUGAGAAGGAGUCGGACGAGGAUUCAGCUGAUCCAACUGCCGCCUCGACGACUACUGCGUACCCUGAACUUGGCUUCAAAAUGGCUGAUGAUCCGACAGCAACAUCUUCAUCAUCAGGCCAACCAACAAAUUCCUUGCCACCAGAAUCCGGCGCCACCACUGCGUCCCAAGUCUUUCUCGGAGCUGCUAUCGGUGGCUUCAUCAUGAGUGAUAAACGAGUCAUGAAAUACGUCAAGAAGAAGUUCAAGAACAAGUGAAUGCUGGUCUGGCUUGUUGAUUCAGUACCUGGCAAUUCAUGUUAAGAUUCAGGUGAGCACUAUCAGCGAGUAUAUUUCUGUAUUUUGGAGCAUACACCGCAGCACGAGAUCGGAGGGGGAAGAAAAUCUCCUACUACUGGAAGGCUUUAGAGUCAACUAUGUGGCAUCAUAGCCUGCCCGUUCGGAACUCCAUGUUAGUCACUGUCAUCAAAAGGCGGGCCAUCUCAGGUCCAGAUUUCUUCCCCGAAAUGGGCUCAACAACAUUAUCACAAGCCACGUGUGUCAAUCAGCAUCGGUGCAGCUGUUUACGAUCUCUCGAAGAUGUCGAAAAGGCGAAGAGGGAGAUAGCACCCGACCUCCCAACGUUCCAUUCUCAGCUUCACCGCCCCUAUCCCAGCUCGGGUGUAAUUUACUUCUGAAGAACGGGAUGUUGCGGCAUUGUGUUGUGAGAACUUGAUCGGCUUGUCAAUGUAGAAAGGAAAAUCUUCCACGAGUAAUAGAAUCCCGAAAGUACCGGAGCGCAAUUCUAAUGUCAUCCAGAUUUCUCGAUUCUG